UGUCAGCAACAGUGCCAUGUCAGCAACGCCAGCAAAAGUGCCACGUUAGCAGUGCCCCGCCACCAUGACGGUCUCAGUUCUGGGCAUGCCAGGCCAACUGGCCAAUGAGUCCAUUGCCGAGUACCGACAGCGGUUCAAAGCUCAUCUUGCACUGAUCGAGGCUGAGGAACAGCGUCAGGCCGCAGCCGAGGCUGCCCACCUACAAGCUGAAGCGGCGGCAGCAGCUGAAAAGCAGCGGCUUCAGGCCGAAGCAGACGCAGAUACCCAGGCACGCCGCAAGGAGGCCCAGGAUCUGCUACAACGGCACGAAGCCGCCAGCAUCGAAAAGCUCAAGUUCUGGCAUUUUGAACCAUCCGAGCACCACGAAGACGCAACACCGGAAGAGCAGCACAAGGAGUUUCUUGCCAAACUCGUGACCCGGUUGGUUUACACUUGUAACCACCUGCAGUCCGAGCUGGCGAAUCUCCGACGGGCGGUGCAGAACCACAAGGAUCUGCACGAGGAUGCUACACGGGCACUCGAUUCCCGUGUACAGGACUUGGAGCAAGUUGCACCGAGACCAGAUGCUGGCGAGUCCAGCAGUGCACCCUCUACCCGCCAAUUGGAGGAACAAGUUGACCACGUAAUCACAAUGCUCGGCGACAUCAGCACCUUUGCUGCACCAGUCACCAUCAGCAAGCAGCUGGACACCUUGAAGACCGAGGUUCAGCAACUGCACCAGCUGCCCAACAAGGAUGGCAACACCAGUGCGCAACACUACAAGAUGCCGACAUUCCGCAUCGAGAAGUUCGAUGAUUAUACGCAUGAAGACCCGGUCCCCUGGUGGGAGGGCUUUACGACGCAACUUCGGAUUCUUUUCAUCCCCGAGCACUCGUACAUCGGCGCGCUGUUCCUCAACUCAAAGGGCGGAUGCCAGAUCUGGCUCAGCCACCUGGCAAACAUUCACGGCGUCCAGGUCGCCUAUCUACAAGAGAAGAUCUCUUGGGAAGAGUUGACAAGGCUAUGUAGGAAGCGGUUCAUCGUGGACGACGCCCCGGCGCUCGCCAUCAACCGCCUCUUCGCCAUGACCCAAGGCAACACAUCGACACGCGACUGGCCCACAGAAUCUCAAAAGAUCGCUGCAACGCCCGAUCUAGAGUUGCCAUUUUCGCAUCUGCGCCGGGAGUUCUACAACCGCUCGUGUGCCGCCUUGAGCCUCGCACUUGGUGACCGCGAGCAAUACACGACCUUCGCCGUAAUCGUCGACAAGGCAAGGGACAUCAUCAAGACCAACAGGGCGGCUGCACACGAAAACCAAGCACAAGACCUCCCAAUGCCCAGAUCAAGGCAAGGAGGAUGUUCGGCCUCGCAUCAACUCGGGAAACUGAGUUGCGCGGGAGGUGAGGCGACUCCAUCUCUCACUCCGCCAGAUUCGGACGCCUUGCUAGCGGCCUCCUACACAUCUAGGGAGGAUGCGAAUGUCGCAAGUCCUCGGUUCACUGGCGAGGAUUAUGGUGUCCACUUGGUCCCACCGUUGGACCAACCACUCCACGUACAACAAUCUACCGCAUACACGGUUUCACCACCAUCCGCAACCGAUUCGGCAGCUUCGCCACCAUCUAUCGUCGAGGAUUCGACGUCAUGGUCAAGACUUGAAGAGAUCGACCAGUUGCCGUUCGCGGACUUCCAAUGGAUGCCCCUUCCCCCGUCCGGUCGAUUGCCGAAAUCGCAUCGCAACAUGCUCAUGGCACAAUUGCGGGAUAACUUACAUACUGCAAUACCAGCUCCGUUGAUGGACGCCAAAGUAGAGGUUGUCGACCUUCACGACUACGUUGCGAAGAUCGACCAAGAGUUCAAGACACAAUGGUACGACGACACUGACGCGCCAUUGUUAUACAUACGCAUUCAGAUCGGAGAGGCGACCUGCAGCGCUUUCAUCGAUUGUGGAGCUACUCGCAACUACAUGAGACAAGACUUUAUGGUACGCGCCGGCCUGGGACCACACGUUCGGAGGAAGUCGCAGCCCACGCAAGUAACGUUGGCCGAUGGUCACACGCACAAGUCAAUCGACCGGUGCAUUGAUGCCGUCCCUAUGUACUUCGCCCCGCAUGCAAGCGCGGCCGUGUCCUUCGACAUUUCGGACACCAAGUUCGACAUGAUUUUGAGCAUGUCAUGGCUGCGAAGCGAGGAUCAUCCGGUGAACUUCUACCACCACACAGCUCACGUUCGUGAUCGGAACGGAGUACAAGUCCCAUGCAUGGUGCCUCCUCCUCACCCUUCGAUCAGCUGCCACGUGGUGUCCGCCGCAAGCAUUCGAGCUUCCAUCACCAGGGAUGACAUCGAGGAGAUGGGGGGGUGUUUUGUCCACGCCCUCCCGCCCCAAGACAUUCCAUCGACGGACUCAUCAUCGGACCUACGCAUCACCGAGCUUCUCGACGCCUACGGCGACAUGUUCGAAGCCUCCCACGGAGUAGUACCAGAUCGGCCAAUUUGCCACGUGAUCAUCCUCGAGGUCGGGGCCGUACCUCCGCGUGGUUGCAUCUACCGCAUGAGCGAGGAAGAGUUAAGUGUGCUACGGGCACAACUCGACGACCUUCUCGAGAAAGGCUGGAUUCGGUCUAGCUCUUCGCCAUACGGUGCUCCCGUUCUCUUCGUCCGGAAGAAGAACAAGGAUUUGCGGUUGUGCAUCGAUUAUUAUAAGCUCAAUGCGCAAACCGUCAAGAACGUGGGCCUUCUUCUGCGCAUCGACCACCUCCUCGGACGGCUGGGCGGUGCCAAGUUCUUAUCCAAGCUUGAUCUCAAAUCGAGAUAUCACCAACUCGAGAUCCGGCAGGAGGACCGCUACAAGACCGCGUUUAAGACGCGAUAUGGGCAUUUCGAAUGGCUGGUUAUGCCUUUUGGCCUUACGAAUGCCCCAGCCACAUUCCAAGCGGCUAUGACAACGGAGUUCCGACACAUGCUGGAUAGAUUCGUACUCAUCUACCUCAACGACAUCUUGGUGUACAGCCAGAGUUUGGACGAGCAUGUGGAGCACCUGUGCACCGUUUUGGAGCGGCUACAACAAGCCAAGUACAAAGCCAACCUCGACAAAUGUGAAUUCGCGCGGCAAAAGUUGGAGUGCUUGGGACAUUAUGUGACGCCGCAAGGCAUUCGUCCACUUGCGAACAAGAUCGAGGCCAUCCGCAUAUGGCCCGAGCCCACCAACACCACGAACGUUUGCUCAUUCAUGGGGUUGGCGGGCUACUAUCAACGCUUCAUCAUCGGGUACUUAAGGAUUGCCGCACCUAUGACGAGAUUACAAUCGCCAAAGGUGCCAUUCGUAUUUGAUCACGAUGCACGCUAGUCAUUCCAAGCACUCAAGAC